UUUUUUUUCUUUGAUCAACUUGAGGCCUUUACCUCUAUAUAAACCACUCUUAAUGCUCAUUUCUUUUCAUCAAAAGCAUAGUUUUCUAUAUCACUCUCAACUUUCCUUUUCAAAUCACUUGCAUAUUCCUUGGUAUUCCAAUGGCCACUGUUGAGGUUGUAUCAGCAAAGGCUGCCCUCCCGGAGGACACAACAGAUGUAUCAUUGAAGGGUGAUGAGAAGAAAACCACAGAAGAAGUUGUUGAGACUCCAACACCAGCAACAGAGCCUGUCACUGAGGAAACCAAGGAGGGAACUGAGGCACCACAACCUGCAGCUUCAGAAGAUAAGCCCUCGGUUGAAGUUGAAACCAAAGAGGUGGCAGAAGAAGUUGUGUCUGAGACUGUCACUGAAGAAAAGCCAGCAGAAGAGGAAACUUCGAAGGAAGAAGCUGUGACAGAAGUUGCCGAGGAAGCAAAAGAAAAUGCUGAACCUGUUGAGGUCAAGACACCAGAAGCUACAGAACCAGUGACAGAAGAUGCUGUUAAAGAAGAGAAAGAAGCUGAGGCUGAAGCCAAGGAAGUGGUUAACACAGAAGCCAAGGAAGAGAAAAGUGGUGAAGAGAAGGUUGAGACAGAAGGGUCAGAUGAGAAGAAAGAGGAGGAAGUGAUCACAGAAGCUGAGAAGACUGAGUGAAGAGGAAAUGUGACUGUGUUGAGAGGGUAUUAUUUUUCAGUUGCAUCAUCAUAUGCAUGUCUUUUCUUUUCUUUUCUUUGUUUCUAAUAAAAUUGCUAGUAGCUAAAUAUGAAGGAGAGAUGAAUGAUGACCCACUUGAGUUUAUGAAUUCCAACCACUAAGUACUCAACCACGUGGCAUACCAUAUAGUAUACAUGAGUUGUAUGUACUCUCCAUCCAAGGUUGUACGAAUGAAGUAUGUUAUGUUUAUGGUCCUUGUGUGAUUCUGCAUGCAGGAUAACUUUGUUUCUUCAAAUAAAUAUGUAGAUUAUUAUAUGAGUA